UAUCCGUCAAUGGGAAGCGAACCUCGGCGAUGCCGAUGCCGCCACCCACAGCCACACUGUCGUGUACAUGACACUACAUUCACGGUGCGUCUGUACAUUAUACCAACGUUGCACUAGCCCACGACCGCCUGAGCCAGCCAGCUACUUUCCGAUACAGCCCGCUUCCAUGUGAGCCAACAAAGCCCCGCGUGACGGCCUUUGCAUUUGGACGUGCUUCAUCCGGUUCAUCACCUCCUUCCCCUGCGAGGACUCUUGCUACACUCUACGCAGUACAUUAGCGUCUUCGGUCAUCGCUAUGGACCAGCUCAGAGAGUUCUUUGUAGGGCCUGAACCCCAGGCACAGCUGCGAAAAUGCAAUGCGCUCAUGCGUUCCCACGCCCGCCAGCUGGAUCGAGAUAUCGCGCGGAGCAAGCAGCAAAAAGCGCAGGCGAAGAAGCUGAUCCUGGAGGCGGACAGGCGGGCGUCGCGGGACCCACAGCGGCGGGCGCAAGCGCGCCGCGAUAUGCGCGUCUUUGCGCGGGAACUGAUCCGCUGCCGCAGGAUGACGGCCCGCCUGUAUACGGUCAAGGCGCAGCUCAGCAGUGUUCAGAUGCAGGUCAACGAGGCCUUUGCGGUGCGGAAGAGUGAGGGCAGCAUCCGCGCCGGCGCCGGCGUCAUGCGCGACGUUAAUGCACUGAUACGCCUGCCCGAGUUUGCAGGCACGAUGCAGGAACUCUCCAGGGAGCUUAUCGAGGCCGGCAUCAUCGAGGAGAUGGUUCAUGAGAACCUGCCGGAGGACGGCGUGGCUGACAUUGAGGAGGAAGCUGCCGAAAGGGAGGUCGACAAGGUGCUAGGGGAGGUCCUGAAGGACCGAAAGGCAACCGCCGGGAAGCUGCCCACUGCCCCAAUCGCUGUAGAACCUGUUACUGCGACAACCGAGCAAGAAGAGGAGGACGAUAACACUGAGGCGAUGAUGGAUCAGAUGCGAAACAGGCUGGAAGCCUUGAGGAACUAGAAAGAAGCCUUGGGGAGCUGGGCUCUCCAACUUUGUAAUCCUGACUGUGAGUCGGAGGCGAGGAGCUAUGGCAAUACGUUCAGGGGCUAUAUCAUAAAGCGCUGCGGCAAAUGGGGAUGCAGUCGCGACUCCAGGAGGUGCCAAGUUUGCAACGGCUGUGGCACGAGGACCACCUUUUUCAGUUGCACAGGCGCGACAUCGGGAUCUCGUCGCCAAAAAAUACCAGAGUUACCACAGUAGGCAGGCGACUACGGGUCUGCUGAGUCAGCAAUUGCAGCCGUGAAUAUCCGAA